CACUCUCUCCACUUCUUUGUCGGACUUUUUAGACAGAGAAAGAAAGUGGCGUAAGCUUUUUUGGCCGAGCGAGAGAAAACGAGAGAAACAAGUAACAAGUUGUUGCUGAAGGAGAGAAUUAGAGGUUUAUUGUACGGAAAAAUUAUCAGUUUUUCGCUUUUUCAUUUUUUUUUGUUGCUUUAGAUUAUUCAUUUGAGUGGGUUGUGUGCUUUUAACUAUUUUCGUGAUUUAUCGAAAAAGAGUGGAUGCGAAAAAUUCCUUUGUGUUUGAGCUUCUGAGUUUCUCACUAGCUCAAGCUCUGGAAACUCAUUCAUGCCGUUUGAUUUUUCCAGUUUUGAAAUCCAGAAAAUGGUUUUUGUUUGCUCUCUCUGAUGGGGUCUACUUAGAUUCAGGCGAAAGUUUCAACGGUGUUGAUUGAAAAAAAAAACUGAUAGGUUUGAUCGGGAAUUCGAAUUCCGAAUCUCCGCGGUCGUGUUUGGGCGAGGAAUUAGGGUUUAUGAAAAUAAAAGAGGAAUUCCAUGGCGGUGGAGAAGUUCUAAGACACGAUGAUCACUUUUCUGGGAUUCGGAGUAUGAAGAUGAACAUGAAGAACUUUCUUAGGAAAUUGCAUAUCACGCCGAAUCAAUCAGAUGAAGCUGAGGGAUCGAUUUCAACAAGUAGGAACAACUUCAAGUCGAGCGAUGAAUCACCACCUCCAGAUUCGUCGAGGUCUCACCAUAGCAGUAACUCUGAGCUCAAACCCUUCUCCGGUUUAUCUAGUUGGUUAAGCUCUGUUGGUAAUAGAAAAAGCCCUAGUCCACCAAAUUCGUUCAAUGCCAAGAACAGAGAGGUUAACAAGGCCAUGGAACAUGGUGAUCCCGUUAUUUCUGGGUCGGAACAUGCCGAGCAGGGUUCGAGUGAUGCCAAAGACCCUGAGGUUGAAGAAGAGUAUCAGAUACAGUUGGCUUUAGAGUUGAGUGCAAGGGAGGAUCCUGAAGCUGCUCAGAUCGAGGCUAUGAAGCAAUUCAGCUUAGGCUCUUGUGCUCCUGAGAACUCUCCAGCAGAACUCAUUGCUUACCGGUACUGGAAUUAUAACUGUCUUGGCUAUGAUGACAAGAUCUUGGAUGGUUUCUAUGACCUGUAUGGAGUGUUGAAUGCAUCCUCAUCAGAAAGAAUACCUCCUUUACUCGAUCUUCAAGGGACACCUGUUUCAGAAGGUGUGACAUGGGAAGCUGUUCUUGUUAACAGAAGUGGGGAUUAUAACCUGUUAAGAAUUGAAAAGACGGCUCUUGAUAUUGCUGCGAAAUCAAAAUCGGUUUCUUCCUCUGGUUUCGUGAACAGUGAAUUGGUAAGGAAACUGGCUAUUUUAGUUGGAGAUUACAUGGGUGGACCAGUGGUUGACCCAUAUAGCAUGUUGAGAGCUUGGCGGAGUCUUAGCUACAGUUUGAAAGCAACUCUCGGAAGCAUGGUUUUGCCGCUUGGUUCUCUAACUAUUGGUUUGGCUCGUCACCGUGCCUUGUUGUUCAAAGUUUUGUGUGAUAGCGUUGAUGUUCCUUGCCGUAUAGUCAAAGGACAGCAAUAUACCGGUUCAGAAGAUGUGGCAAUGAACUUUAUUAAGACUGAUGAUGGCAGGGAGUACAUUGUUGAUCUCAUGGGAGAUCCUGGCACGCUUAUUCCAGCUGAUGCAGCUGGACUACAAAUAGACUAUGAUGAAUCUGUCCUUCCCGCUAGUCCCGGAAACAAUGCUUCAUUUCAGGUAGCUUCUUCCAGCAAUGGAAUUGAGAGAUCAUUUGAAGAGAAUCCAGAGCUUCGGACAGGGGAACAUCGUUCUUGUACCAAGUGUUCCAAGGAGAGAAACCUAUCCGGAGGUGGAGGCGAUAUUAUUGUUCAUCCAAAUAUUUCAAAGGAAGAUGUGACAAAUGUUGAAAAGGCUCCUGUUCAAAAUCUCUCUAGCAGGCCUAUUCAUUCUUUCACUCAUAUGAGGUCACCUUCUUGGACUGAAGGUGUUAGCUCCCCAGCUGCGCGGAGGAUGAAAGUCAAAGAUGUUUCGCAAUAUAUGAUUGAUGCUGCCAAAGAAAAUCCACGAUUAGCUCAGAAGCUUCAUGAUGUAUUACUUGAAAGCGGAGUUGUGGCUCCACCCAAUUUAUUUUCUGAAGUCUAUCCCCAGCAAUUAGAGGCAACCACUGAAAUCACAUCUCCCACUGAAGCUAAGAAAGAGAAAGGAAUAGAUUUAGAGGCAGCUCAGCAAGGAAGACAACAAAACGAUUUGGGCCAAGUGCGGUUUUUGCCACCAUUACCAAGACUGCAGUCUAAAGCAAAUACACACGAUGAACAUGAUCAUGGCAAAGUUGUUAGCCAAUCUGAUUCUCCACAUUCUGAAGCAUCUUCUACAGAAUAUGCCAGAACCGUACCUGCUGCUGUAGCUGCAGCGGCUGUUGUUGCAUCUUCAAUGGUUGCUGCUGCUGCUGCCAAGUCUGCAAAUUCAGACUCCUCCAGCUUAGAACUUCCUGCUGCAGCUGCUGCCACAGCCACUGCUGCUGCAGUUGUGGCGACAGCUGCAGCCGUGUCCAAGCAAUUUGAAUUAGGCUCGAAUAGCGAUGGGGAUGCUGGUUCAGGUGAGCAUGAGCCUCAAGGUAGUGGGGACUCUCAUCAUGGGUCAAAUUCAGGAGGGGAAAAAAUAUCUGACAGAUCUACAGGCAACGAAAGUUCCAAGUCUGAUGAUGAUGUAUCUGAUUGUGAGAUUUCGUGGGAGGAAAUUACUUUGGGGGAACGCAUUGGACUCGGAUCUUAUGGAGAAGUGUAUCGGGGAGAUUGGCAUGGGACUGAAGUGGCUGCCAAGAAGUUCCUUGAUCAAGAUAUUACAGGAGAAGCAUUGGAGGAAUUCAGAAGUGAGGUCCGAAUCAUGAAAAGGCUUAGACACCCUAACAUUGUUCUCUUCAUGGGAGCUGUGACCCGUCCACCGAAUCUCUCAAUUAUUACAGAGUUUCUUCCUAGAGGGAGCUUAUAUAGGUUAAUCCAUCGGCCUAAUAGCCAACUAGACGAGAGGAGGCGUCUAAGGAUGGCCCUUGAUGCUGCACGUGGAAUGAAUUAUUUGCAUAGCUGUAAUCCGAUGAUUGUCCAUCGUGAUCUAAAGUCACCUAACCUUCUAGUUGACAAAAACUGGGUUGUGAAGGUGUGUGAUUUUGGGUUGUCUAGAAUGAAAAACAGCACAUACCUCUCUUCAAAGUCAACAGCAGGCACGGCUGAAUGGAUGGCUCCAGAAGUGCUUAGAAACGAACCUGCUGAUGAGAAGUGCGACGUUUACAGCUACGGUGUGAUUCUAUGGGAACUCUUUACGUUACAGCAACCGUGGGGAAAGAUGAACCCCAUGCAAGUUGUUGGGGCAGUUGGGUUUCAGCACCGACGUCUUGACAUUCCUGACUUUGUCGAUCCAGCAAUUGCAGAUAUAAUCAGUAAAUGCUGGCAAACGGAUCCAAGGUUAAGGCCAAGUUUUGCAGAGAUCAUGGCUUCUCUAAAGCGGCUACAGAGACCUGUAACAGGUUCCAGCAUCCCAAGACCAGUCCCCAGCUCUUCUUCAAUAACAGCUGAGAAGGAACAAAAGGAUAGAUGACAGAAGAGAAAGACCAAACUGGCAAAACAUUUUUUGACUGGUUAUAGGAAAUCUCAAGGGAAAAGCUUACAGAGUUUCCUUUUUUUGGUUUUUGGCUCAGCUUCAGUGUUUCACACAGCUUGUGACUAGAGCUAUUAAAAAACCAAACUCAUGGAAGAUGAAGAUUGAAGAGUGAAGAAGGUAAAGGAUCAUUCUCGCGUGGUGUUGUGUGGCUUGCUAGUAAUGUUCAUCAUAUUCAUGUGUAAUUUCCUCUGUUUUGUUUUACAAAUUUGAAAGUGUAAAAAAGAGAGAGAACAACAAAAAAAAAAAACUAAAAAAAAGAAGAAAAUAUCAUUGAGAACUCUUGUCUUAUUCAUCACACAAACAAGAUAAGGUUACUAUUCCUUUUUUUAUUAAUCGGAUAUAGAGUAUUAAUCAAAAUAUGUAUUUUCUCUGUUUUUUGAAAAUCCUCUGAAAAUGUCGACUCUCUUCACUGCGACAGCUCCUUCCCACCACCGUUUCGUCUCUCCUUCCCAACAUCCGAGACCGAACAUUCCAUCUCAGCCGCUAAGCAUCGCCUUCUCGGAGAAUCCGGCACCGGCGGCUGUCACAUUGCAGCAGCAGCAACAUGUGACAGAUUGGGUGGCUUCUCCGGUGACGCGACGGUUCGGAAUCAGCGUCGGAUUUGCCUGGGCGGGAUUUCUCGCUUUCGGCGUUGUCUCGGAGCAGAUGAAGUCACGACUCGAUUUGUUCCCGGAAGACGCUAACACAAGGUUCCACACCAAUAAAGAUUUAGAAAAGCAACAAGAGAUCGUCUUACCAAAUGGCAUAAGGUACUAUGAUGUACAAGUUGGAAGCGGAGCUAGUCCAAGCUCAGGAUACUUGGUAGUGUUUGAUGUAAAGGGACAAGUACAUGGAACCGAACAAGUGUUUGUCGACACAUUUGGAAGCAAAUACAACAACAAGAAGAAGUCACUGGCGAUGGUAAUGGACUCAAGACCAUAUAGCAAGGGACUAUGCCAAGGCAUAGAAUAUGUUCUGAGGUCAAUGAAAGCUGGUGGCAAACGUAGAGUGAUCAUUCCACCGUCUUUAGGAUUUGGAGACAAAAAUGUCGAAUUCGGAGAGGGUUUGCAGAUUCCUCCAUCUUCAACACUUGAGUAUACCAUCGAGGUUGAUACAGUCUAUUGUUUCCAAACUAUUGUAUGAGAGAUUAUGAAGCAAUUAGUGUGU